CAGACGGACACAAUGUUGGUCCACUGAUGAACCUGCAAAAAAGACAGAGGAGCGUCUGUCCCGGGUACCAAACCAAAUGCAGCCCAGAGUGUUUGCGGAGAAGCGCCGAGGUGCUGAAGAACAACCUUCACCCGAGCAGAUCAAUCUAACUGUGACACUUCAUUUAGGCUGCAUUGAUGUGGAAUUAGGGCCCAUUACGACUAUUGGCAGGAUCCGACAGUGAGGCUUCGGCUGAAUAGCACAGUCUGCAAGCCGAGAGAGGCCUGACCGGGCCCGAUCUGACCCCCGAGGCCAUGCAGCACUACGGGGUCAACGGCUACUCCCUGCACGCCAUGAACUCGCUUAGCGCCAUGUACAACCUCCACCAACAGGCGGCACAGCAAGCGCAGCACGCCCCCGACUACCGGCCCUCCGUGCACGCCCUCACGCUGGCCGAAAGACUGGCUGACAUCAUCCUGGAGGCCCGCUACGGCUCCCAGCACCGAAAGCAGCGGCGCAGCAGGACGGCCUUCACCGCCCAGCAGCUGGAGGCGCUGGAGAAGACCUUCCAGAAGACGCACUACCCGGACGUGGUCAUGCGUGAGCGUCUGGCCAUGUGCACCAACCUGCCCGAAGCGCGAGUGCAGGUGUGGUUCAAGAACCGACGGGCCAAGUUUCGCAAGAAGCAGCGCAGCCUGCAGAAGGAGCAGCUCCAGAAGCAGAAGGAGGCGUCAGGAGCCGGCCAAGCGUCUCCCGAUGACGCCAAGGUCGAGCUCACGCCCGCCGCCGACACCCGCGCGACCCCGCCGCCUCCGUCCUCCGCCUCGUCCUGCCACUCAGAGUCGGACAGGCUGGCGGCGGUCAGGUCCCACGAGCCCGGCGAGACGAACGUGGAGGUCAACGUCACUUCCCCCGAGCCGUCGGACGGAGAGUCAGCGGCGGAGGACAACGCGGACGCGGAGGAGGACACGGGGAGGGGGGACGCGAGGGGGAGGUCCAGGGACGAGGCGCAGGGGCACUUGGGGAUGCAGCCCGCCGGAAGCUCGCCGUCCUACAAACAACUCAGCCCCACAUCAGACUCCCCCCUGAGCUCGCCCGCCCUGCCGUCCUCCGGCAGCGUAACGAGCGGCCCGGCCCAGAGCAACUCGUACGCGUCGUCGCCUCUCAGCCUCUUCCGGCUCCAGGAGCAGUUCCGGCAGCACAUGGCGGCCACCAACAACCUGGUGCACUACCCGUCCUUCGACAUGAGCGCGCCGUCCUCGCUGCCCUACUUGGGCAUGAACGUCAACAUGCCGUCCCCGCUGGGCUCGCUGCCGUGCCAGUCUUACUACCAGACGCUAUCGCAGGCCCAGCAGGUGUGGAACGGCCCGCUGCUGCCGGGGGCGUCGGGCGGCCUUCCGGGCAGCCUCAAUAGCAAGACCACCAGCAUCGAGAACCUGCGGCUGCGAGCCAAGCAGCACGCGGCCUCGCUGGGAUUGGACACGCUCCCCAACUGAAGCCGUUCCCAUGCCAGGCGCGUUCGCCCUCCGUGUUCGCCCUUCGAUCUGGGCCCGGGGACUUUGGAUUGGCCCCCGUUUUCCCUCACUCAACCUCUCGCCUGUGCACAAAAACUUCACACGGCCUUCAGAGGCCACCUCGAGUUGAACUUUCCAACUGGCUUUGUUCUGUUUAAAGGCGUCCAUAGUGAGCAUGUGUCUGCCGGGUCUUCAAAGAAUCCACUGAAGUGCAGUACAGUGAACCUUCGCUAUUCUUGGGGGAUACGGACCGAGAGGCCUGUCGAGAUUAGCAAAAA